UGCAGAGCUCGCCACCCCUCCAAUCCCCACCUCCCCUCCCCGCUCACUCGUCCUCUUGGUGUGGGAAUUGCCAGCGACCUGAAAGCCCUGGUACCCAGUACGCGGCCCCGAAUAAACGCUGCCGCUACCGUUGCGGACCAGUCAUUUUUUCGUUUGGGUUUUACGUGUUACUGAGGCGGUUUCGGCCCUCGGUCCGCGUAGACACCGCCUCUGGCGACAUUUUCCUGCUUAAAACCCUUUUUUAACCUCUGGCCUCGCCAAAUAAAGCCCUCUCUCGCGAGUUGGAGUCGCGCCCGCCGCGUCGUCUUCUCGACCGCUGGAGGCAGAGCCCAGAUAGUCCGCGCGCCCUCUCCCAGGUCCCGGGAUUCCGGUUGGAGUCCCGCCACAGGGGUUCGCGUCUCAAUCUGAGGUGGCUGGUUUCAUGGUGCUGGCAGAGAAAGAGAUCCAUUCCUUGCCUGAGUGCUUUCUUCCCUUCAUCUCAUACAUUUGAAAUUUUCUUUGCCAAGAUGAAUGCCAGCGAGAGGGAUUCUGGGAAGUGGACAGACACUCCAUGUCUCCUUUCGACCUUUCCCGAACUCUUCAGACCUCUGAAGACUCGUGUUGCCUGAGGAAGCCCUGAAGUUAAGGAAGAGGAAAGAAAAGGAGUGAGGCAUGGCUCUUUCUCAGGAACGACUGACCUGUGAAGAUGUGGCCAUCGAAUUCACUCAAGAGGAGUGGGUAUUCCUGGACCCUGCUCAGAGGGCCUUGUACAGGGACGUGAUGCUGGAGACGUACAGGAACCUGCUAUCUGUGGAUAUCUCUCCUACACAUAUGAUCAAGUAUUUACAACCUGAAGCGAACAGUGAUAAACUAGAAACAUUCCAAACAUUGAUGCUGGGAAGACCUGAAAGCUGUGAAAUGAAACAUUUUCCUCUUUGGGAAAGUCAGGAAAAUAUAUGUGACUUUGAGUGUCAGGGGAGAGAUGACAAAAGAAACUACAAAGGGACACCUGUAAGCCUUAAUGGAAAUGUGCCUGAUGGAAGAGAUUCACAUCAUAGAAAGGAUGCAGGAAUCAAGCCCUUUGGAAACAGGCUUGGAUUUAACUUUCAGGAUAAACUGCAGAUAUUUCAAACUGGCGGGAUAAUUUCUGAAUAUUAUGAAGUUGAAAGGUCUGUCAACAAGAGUUUCUCAUUUUCACCACUUCAAAGAAUUCCUCCUUGUGUCCAAACCAGUGUUUCUAAUAUAUAUGGGAAUGGUUUUAUGAAUCCUUCAGUAAUAACACAAGAACUCAAAGCACACAAGGAAAAACCUUACAAAUGUGAUGAGGGUGGCAAGGCCUUUCGUGGAAAGUCAAUCCUUUUAAGUCAUCAGCCAGUUCAUACUGGAGAGAAACCUUACAAAUGUGAUGAGUGUGGCAAGGCCUUUACUCACAGCUCACAACUCAGGAGACAUAAGAAAAUUCAUACAGGAAAGAAAUUAUUUAAAUAUGAUAUAUGUGAGAAAGUCUUGAAGCGAAAUGCAAAGCUUACUGGUCAUCAGAGGGUUCAUACUGGAGAGAAACCUUACAAAUGUGGUGAGUGUGGCGAGGCCUUUCAUGUGAAGUCAACCCUUUUAAGUCAUCAGACAGUUCAUACUGGAGAGAAACCUUACAAAUGUGAUGAGUGUGGCAAGGCCUUUACUCACAGCUCACAACUCAGGAGACAUAAGAAAAUUCAUACAGGAAAGAAAUUAUUUAAAUGUGAUAUAUGUGACAAAGUCUUCAGCAGAAACUCAAACUUGGCUGGUCAUCAGACAGUUCAUACUGGAGAGAAGCCUUACAAAUGUGAUGAGUGUGGCAAGGCCUUUCGUCUGAAGUCAACCCUUUUAAUUCAUCAGACAGUUCAUACUAGUGAGAAACCUUACAAAUGUGAUGAGUGUGGCAAGGCCUUUUGUGUAAAGUCAGGCCUUUUAUGGCAUCAGACACUUCAUACUGGAGAGAAACCUUACAAAUGUGAUGAGUGUGGCACGGCCUUUUCUGGAAAGUCAAACCUUUUACGGCAUCAGACAGUUCAUACUGGAGAGAAGCCUUACAAAUGUGAUGAGUGUGGCAAGGCCUUUCGUUUAAAGUCAUACCUUUUAAAUCAUCAGACAGUUCAUACUGGAGAGAAACCUUACAAAUGUGAUGAGUGUGGCAAGGCCUUUUGUGUAAAGUCAAAGCUUUUAAGUCAUCAGAUGCUUCAUACUGGAGAGAAACCUUACAAAUGUGAUGAGUGUGGCGAGGCCUUUCGUGUAAAGUCAAUCCUUUUAAGUCAUCAGACAGUGCAUACUGGUGAGAAACCUUACAAAUGUGAUGAGUGUGGAAAAGUCUUCGGUCAAAAACCACAUCUUCGACUUCACUGGAGAAUUCAUACUGGAGAGAGGCCUUUCAGAUGUGAUGAGUGUGGCAAGUUCUUCAGUCGAAAUUCACACCUUACAAGUCAUCGGAGAAUACAUAUAGAGAAACCUUUCAAAUGUUUCGAGUGUGGAAAAUCCUUUAUUCAGGUCUCAGCACUCACUAAACAUCAGAAAAUCCAUACAUGAGAGAAACUCAUGUGAAUGUGGUAUAUAUUAGAAGUCUACAAAAUUCAAAGUUCAAAAUUUACACCCUACUCUUGGUCAGAGAAUUAACACUACUGAGAAACCAUACAAAUAUCAUGAGUCUGGCAACAUCUUAGGCUUCAUGAGAAAAUUCAUACUGGAUAGAAGCCAGAUACAUAUGUAUUUAUUAGUCAGGUCUUUAGAACAUGAAUUCAUUCUAGAAAGAUUCCUCACCAAUUUCACAAAUGUGGGGAAAAAAAAAAAAACCAACAACCCUAUCCUCACUGCUCACAUCUCAACAGUAGUAUCAGAGUAUUUAUCCUGGAGAAAACACACAGCAAUGUAAUGUGUGUGGCAAGGAUCUUACCCAAAAGUCACAAGAUAGGAACAUAGUGGAGCCAUACUUCCCAGACUCAGUGGUUGUGGCAAAUCCUUUACCUUUUUCACUAUAUUUAGUCUCUGAUGACUUUAGUUCAUGUACUCAGCAAUUGCAGUAAGUCCAUAUUUGAAGAGAAGCUAUAGAGAUCUUUUCGUGUAAAAGAAACCCAAAUUCUAACUCAGCAAAGAUGAUUCUUUGGGACAGUAGCCCACCAUCUUUUUGGUCUCCUGGCUUUCUGAAUAAAGUCACUAUUCCUUGCCCAA